GCUGAGAGCGAGCCCCCCCGGGCAUGUGGGGGUGGUUUUGUGCUUUCGGAAUGAGAGCCUUGGGGGCUGUUGGAAGGAAAGCGGGGACAUGCAGAGGGAGGCACUUAAAGCAGCCUUUGCUUUGGAAUGACCCCCGAGGGAAGGGGAGAAAGCGGGAUGCUGCUGCACUCGCUGUGUUACGGGCAGGCGGCCUCGAUAUGGAGUUCACUGGCUUACACUCGGCUGUCCCACAAAAUAACCAGCCCAGCCUGUUUGAUUCCCCUGCCGAGCGGUACCUGAAGGUCAGGCAGAGCGUGCAGUGCUUCACAGUCACCCAGCUGGGGCUGGCAAUAUUCACAAAAGAAAAUUCAAACAAGUAUGUGGUGCAUUCAUACAACUUUUUUCUCUUUCCGUCAACAUUGGGAGUUACGGAUGUUGAAUUCACCCUCUCUGCGUCUAGCAUUCAAUUCCUGUCUCAUCAUGGCUUUGACUUUAAUAAGUUCCUGAAAGAUGGAAUCCCGUACAUGAACGAGGUACAGGAGGAGAGCCUGAGCCAGCGUCUCUCAGAGGGCAGCUGGAGAGUCUGCAGUGCUGUGGGCAGGAAUGUGAUGAAGAAGGCUAUUGAUGAAGUGACCAGGUGGAUCGUAGCAGCAGAGGAAGGGGAGACCAUGACUCUGAAGGAUCUGAGUGGCUCUCACAUGCUUGAAGUUCAGCUGGUUCUGAGACAAGCGCUCCAGAAUGUUUGGACACAGCCUCUUGAAGACAGUGAGGUAGUGGUGAAAAAAGUGAGUCUGCAACAACGCCGACUUCUGGAAAACUCUUCUUAUGACUACUGCCGGAAGGAGCUGAUUCUCACGUCUGCCCGGGGCUUCACCAACCUUUUCCAGAUACUUGUUGAAGCUAAAAAGCCACUGGUGGGACAUAACAUGUUCAUGGACCUCUGUCAUCUUCAUGACAAGUUCUACAAACCCCUUCCAGAAAGCUACGAGGAGUUUAAAAGGAAUAUUCACAACCUGUUCCCUGUCCUCAUAGACACCAAGACUGUAACAAAAUCCAUCUGGAGGAAUCAUCGGUUUCCUCGAGUAUCUACUCUUUUGGAGGUGUAUGAGGUUCUGUGCAGCAACAACCUAAACCCCACAGAUCCAACGGGCCCAGUGAUUACUCUCGCAAGUGACUGUUCACGAUACGCUGAGAAGAAAUCCCCUCAUGAGGCAGGCUAUGAUGCAUUUCUCUGUGGUUCAGUUCUUCUGAAGUCAGCUCAUUUGCUACUACACAGAGUGACAAAAUGUAGUGAUACAGUGGAGGCUGAUCCUUCUUUCUCUCAGUAUCUCACUGCGUUAGCUGAGUACCUGAACAAGGUGAAUUUCAUCCGAGGUGGUGCCUCAAGCAUUAAUUUUUCUGGGGAAGAUGUUCCCAGCCAACAUCCCCCUCCCUUGGUUGUCCGUGUCCGAGGCUGGCCACAGAUGAAUGAAAGGCAGAUUUACCAGGAGUUAAAAGCUCUUUGUCGCUUUGAUGUCAGAAGGCUAUCAGAGAACCAGUUCAUUUUGCUCUCCAAUAAAUUUAAGCAUGAUAUCUGCUUUUAUUACAGUGUCAGGCGUGUUCUCCGCAAUUAUAAACACCACCCUCAUCUGCAGAUCUCUGUCUAUCGCCACUGGAGGCACUCUCCACGUGUGAACUGCUUGUUGCAAGUGUCUGGUAUUGUGGCACUGUGGUCUCUCUUGGCCUUUGUACUCGGGGGACGUCCUUGCUGUUCAUCAUAAACGACUCUCUUUCAGCUGAGACAUGAGGAACACCGACUUUUUUUUUUUGAAUGCUUGUUCUGUUUUGUUUCAUUUUCCCUUCAUUCAAUAAAGUAUAUAUAUAAAAAGUGUUUUAAA